GGACACGCCCAUACAGAGUGAGUGGAAGGACACGCCCACACAGAGUGAGUGGAAGGACACGCCCACACAGAGUGAGUGGAAGGACACGCCCACACAGAGUAGUGAGUGGAAGGACAUGUCCACAGAGAGUAGUGAGAGGAGGGACACACCCACACAGAGCAGUGAGUGGAAGGACAUGUCCACAGAGAGUAGUGAGAGGAGGGACAAGCCCACAGAGAGUAGUGAGAGGAGGGACACACCCACACAGAGUAGUGAGUGGAAGGACAUGUCCCCACAGAGUAGUGAGUGGAAGGACAUGUCCCCACAGAGUAGUGAGUGGAAGGACACGCCCACAGAGAGUGGUGAGAGGAGGGACACGCCCACAAAGAGUAGUGAGAGGAGGGACACGCCCACAGAGAGUAGUGAGAGGAGGGACACGCCCACAGAGAGUAGUGAGUGGAAGGACACGCCCACACAGAGUAGUGAGUGGAAGGACAUGUCCCCACAGAGUAGUGAGAGGAAGGACACGCCCACAGAG